AUGAAAAUAUAAAGCACUGAAUAUAGAGUUCCAUAUUAUUAAGUUUACAGGGGGAAUUCUAAGCAUUGUUUAUAGGGAAGGGUGGUGAUGGGAUAUUCUAGGAUUAUGUUUUUGUUUACAUUCAUUUACUUAAACGUUAUUUCCUUAUUAUAAUUAUUGAGAAUUGGCCCGGAGAAGAGGGUAUUUGAUGUAGAAUUGGCUUUGAUACUGUUGACUGACACAUUUAUGAUUUUAACUGUGUUUAGGGAUCCAGGGAGAAUACCUCGAAUUAACUCCUAAGUAUAAAAAUAUUCUGAUUGUUACUUAAUUCCACACAAGCAAAGAUACGGUGGCGAGGUUUUGGUUGUAAAUUAAAAUAAAGUUCAUGAAUUAAAGUUCUGUGACCCCUGUUAGAUCUAUAAAACAAGAUCAACAGCACAUUGUAGAAGAUGUGACAAUUGUGUAGAAGGUUUUGAUCACCAUUGCUUAUGGUUGGGAUAAUGCAUAGGUUAAAGGAAUUAUUGUACGUUUUAUUUGUUUAUCACUUUUUUAACAAUCACAUAAAUAUUAUGUAUAUGCGUACAAAUAAAGCAUAUACUAUCAUUAUCGGAUGUGAGGAGAAUAGAAUUCAUAAUCUAUUGUAUAUUGACUAUUGGAUUGUUUGUAUUUGCAACUUAUUUAUUCUUGAUACACACCUACUUUAUUUUAAUAAAUAAGACCACUUAUGAAUAUCUGACAACAAAUAGUUUUGUAGUAAAUCACCAUAUGCUAUAUUUUUAUCAAGGAGAUGGAAGCUUGUUCCCAAGAAGAUUAAUUAGAUUUACUUAAAGCAUUUGGGAGAAAUUAUUAAAACCAAAUAGAAUAUUAUUUUAGUCCCUUGAUAGUAAGGUAAUCAAUCCAAUCAUGUAGGUGUAUCAUGAUGUACCAUCCUAUAUUGAACAAUAAAGAAGACAACAACAGUUAUAAUUUUAGAUGAAUGAUACAUUGAUGAAAAUCAUUUUGGAGGAUAAGACAAAGACUUAUCAAAGCGAAUUGUGCAGUGACAAGAAAAUGGUUGUGAAUUAAGAGUUUUUAAAGGGAGAUUCUGAAUAAAAUAGUGAACAUUUAAAUUAACUAUCUCAAGAAUGCUCUUAAAGAGGUGAAUAGAAGGACCUAAAAAUGUAUGGAGUUCCAAAAUCAUCUCAUGUGAACUAGAGGGAUCGGAGUGUGAAGCAGACUCAAUCGGGGAGAAGUAAACAGUAUGACAAGUUGAAUAAGGACGUUAAUGAAAUAUAACUAAUUGAUAAACUUGACUGA